GUAUUUACAGCCACUUUCUGUCAAGUGGAUUCAUCGCACUGCGUGAACGUGCAACCAAAAAGGCGUCGUGUCGUCUCUCGAAGAUGGCCAUCCUGCAGUCUUGUUGCUUUUGGAAGACAGUGCGUAAAGGCAGUAUGGCCAGCGCAACGUACACGUUGGUGUACUUUGGUUUCUCCACAAUUGUGAUGCUCAUUACUGUUUAUGAUGAGCAAGAAUAUCUGGCUGGCACCAGAAGACGACCCAUAGGAGAGAGUUUCUUGGCGAGAGGGGAGAUAACACCCGCCAUUGUUAUAUUCAAUAUUCUCUUUUUGAUUUGCUCGGCGUGCUUAGUUAUAUGUUCGUUGCUGGUGUUCGCAGGAAUGAAACGUCAUCGUAGCGCGUUUCUGUUGCCUUGGAUCGUUUUCAUGCUGUGCGAUGUGUUAAUUGAACUUUUUCAUUUGGUUUACUUAUCAAUAACACAGAUGGUUAAUUUCGAUCCAGUUGUAGGCUUCAUUUUUACCAUCGAUUUUUUUAUUAUGUGCCUGAAUACGUAUUGUCUGCUGUGCGUGAUAUCACAAUAUCAAAAUUACCUGCAGGGACGUGGAUAUGCGGAUCAACAGAUGCGGACGGAAAUUGUGAUAGAAACAGUGGAUGGCGAAGUGACGGAGAGGCAAAGUUGUCUGAAAACAACAAAAAUUAACAAAUCAUUGGCAAGUCCUUAUAUAACGACGAACCCGAACACUCAUAUUUCGACGAUACCAGAGGAGAUGGAUCAGAAUUACAAAAUUCGUACAAGCUCAGGCACGCCGAGUGAACCAGCCGAUGACAAAAGUUUACACAUAACAGUGAACAUACCACCAUAAUUGUAACGCAGAACUGAAUCGAAC